GAGACAGCGAGCCUAUUCAUAAGAGCUAGGGUUUGGGAUUCAGAACACUUCACGUUGAGAAGGAGGAUCCUUUGAUUCUCUACAAUGGCGGCCAAGGCGCGGAAUCCGGAGCUCAUCAGGGGCGUCGGGAAGUACUCGCGCUCGAAGAUGUACCGCAAGAGGGGUUUAUGGGCUAUCAAGGCCAAAAACGGCGGCGCAUUCCCCCGCCACGACAAGAAGCCAGUUGAGUCGCCGGCCGCCGAGAAGCCACCCAAGUUUUACCCCGCAGACGAUGUUAAGAAGCUCCUUGUAAACAAGCACAAGCCGAAACAAACUAAGCUCAGGCCCAGCAUUACUCCCGGCACUGUUCUGAUUAUCCUCGCCGGCAGGUUCCAGGGCAAGAGAGUUGUGUUCCUGAAGCAACUCCCGUCCGGGUUGCUCCUUGUUACCGGACCCUUCAAGAUCAAUGGAGUUCCUCUGAGGCGCGUGAAUCAGGCAUAUGUGAUCGCAACAUCCACAGAAGUCGACAUUUCUGGGGUCAAUGUUGAGAAGAUAGAUGACAAGUACUUUGUUAAGCAGGGCGAGAAGAAGAAGAAGAAGACUGAUGGAGAGUUCUUUGAGUCUGAUAAAGAGGAGAUGAAUGUCAUACCUCAAGAGAAGAAAGAUGACCAGAAAGUUGUAGAUGCGCCAUUAAUCAAAGCUAUCGACUCUGUUCCAGAUUUGAAGGGUUAUUUGGGCGCAAGGUUCUCUAUGCAAGCAGGCAUGAAACCUCAUGAGCUUGUCUUUUAGAGGGAUAUAAAUUUGAAGUUUUUAUUAACAAAAUCCGAUUUUGCUCGUAUAGAACUUCAUUAUACUUGUUUGUAUUUGUUCUUUUUAUGAUUGGCAUCAUAAAUCAGAAAAUGCAAUGUGAGAUUUGUAUGUGAUUGACAUCCUAAAUUAGAUAGUGCAAUAUAGAAUUUUGUUCUGCAAUCUGUGUUUUGUCCUGUUCAUGUGUAGUGUUUGAGAAACAUGACCUGAUGCUACAUUGUACCAAGGUUAGGGUGAGAUUUUGUGUACCCUUGAUCUUGACUGCCAUGGUGGCUGUAGCUAUAUCAAGUUAUUCUAGGAGUUAUCUGGCCGGUUGUUUUUGGUGUUCCUUGAUCGGGAUCCCUACUGUAAACAUAUCUGCUUACCGAACUCCACACAUAUUGAGUGACAAAUAUGUUGCUGUG